AGUGCUCAUUCACUCGACGCAUCCGCUAGUUUUCAUCGAUGCGCCUCGUUCUGGAUGUUUUGACCGAGAACCUGUUCAAUUUGAAGCCUUCUACGACAUUCACGGAAAUUCGAAAGGCCCAUUGCACUGCCCCUCUUCCUCAUGUUCUUGGUGCGGCUUCUGCCUCGCCGUAACUUUUAUUAGCGUCUUGCGGAGCCUGCACCGGAUAGGUGAUUGUGAUAGCGCCAGUCAACGGUAUAUAAGGAGGUCUAUACUGCCCAUGGUCUCCAAGGAUUUUCCCUCCUUCUGGCAACAUCGUUGCGAUGAAGUACGAGUCACGAAAGUUCAUCGACCUCAUUCAGGGCGUCACAUCCAAGUGGGUUAACUGGGAUCCACCAAGACCGAUCAAUGUGGGCGACUAUGGAAUGAUCAACAAUGAAACUGGUGAAUUCGACUGGGAAGGGAACCUUUACAAAACAACGAGCAACAUCGGCAUUGACAUGACGGAUCCGGCACUACGCCCGAUAGAACAGGACGAAGGGGACGACAAAUACAUCGUCAAAUCGUGGGGUGUCACUACCAAGGAACUCAACGUAUCUGCUGAAGCUGACGUGCCGGGUGGAGUGAAUGUCGCCCUCAAAGUCAAUUUUCAGUUCGAUGGUAGAAAACCGGCAGCUGCGCUGGUCAUGUACAAGCCAAGAUAUAUCAGCCUUCCGAACAAUGAGCGCAUCAUCUUGCUGCUCAAGUCCAGGCCUGAUGUCCUCAAAGGGAAGUAUGUCGUCACCGAAGUGAUAUCUUGCGCAGCAUAUAUGAUGUACAUGUCUAGCCAGAGUAAGGCGGAAAAUUUUACCGUGACACUUAAAGCCACAGGACCUGUUGUGCCGGCUGUCAAUGCUGGAGGAGCGGCCGGUUUCACUUGGUCUGCAGAAACUAUUUGUGGUCUUUACCGUGAAGGAAGCAACUCGACCUUAAAAUACAUGCCAUUGUACAGGCUAAAAAAGCCUCGUCACAAGUUCUGGUGGCCGUUUGGUCAACGCGGAGAUGAGAAAAUUGACGAUGCGAUCGACAGGUGGGAGGAUGUUGACCCACCUUGGGACCCCCUCGACGAUGAGGGCGAAGAGGACGAAAUCUAUGAUGCAGAGAUGCAUGGUGACUUCGGCGUUUUCAAUGAUGGCUAUCCUGAUAACGAUGAUGACUUAUGAUCAUUCACAAAUGCUAUUAUCGCUACCCAAGGCCAGAUCGUGCCACUUUGUAUAUAGACGAGCGUCAUUGCUGGAAGACAAUCAAGUCAUGUGUUACAUGAACAAAGCAUCUUCUCUACUUAAAUUUGAACGUUAAUCAACUAUAUAUACCAAUAUUAGCCUUGUACAUGAGUAUGUUGUUAAUGCACAGCAUGUUAUCGUAACCCUAGGGACUCGGAGCCUGAGCACAACGUUUCAACAUGC